GGUGAUGUCACCAGGGUCCUUCUUCUGGAUAGGAACUAGCCGCUACCCAAUUCUCUCUACAUUUGUUUGCCUGUAAUCUUCCCUCAAUGUGGACAGAAGUAAUGGGAGUUGUAGUUAUGAACCGUAUUGUAUUCCCUGUGAAUACAAUACAUCCCUUGUUGUAGUCCCAGUGAGUGGAGCAGAGUUACAGGGGCCAACAGAGGGCAGUGGGAAGCUGUCAUCCUCCAAGCAGAGUACUGAGAAAGCGGAAGCUGGCUGUGAGUAGUGGGUUAGUGGGUAUGGAGUCAGGGGAAGCCAGAUCUGAGCAGUCCGAUGGGGAGCUGGAUGGGGGCAGAGGGAGUCCAGCUGGGUGCAGAGCAAGAGGAAUGGGCAGAGGGAGUCCAGCUCAUGGUGGAGCAAGAGGAGAUAUGGGCAGAGGGGAGCUAGGUGAUUGCACAGCUAUAGAGGCAGGUGCAGUACCAGGCACAGGGUCUGCACUAUGCAGAGCAGGGGUGACAGGCACAGAGUCUGCACUAUGCAGAGCAGGGGAGACAGGCGCAGGGUCUGCACUAUGCAGAGCAGGGGAGACAGGCGCAUGGUCUGCACUAUGCAGAGCAGGGGAGACAGGCGCAGGGUCUGCACUAUGCAGAGCAGGGGAGACAGGCGCAGGGUCUGCACAUGACAGGCGCAGGGUCUGCACUAUGCAGAGCAGGGGUGACAGGCGCAGGGAGACAGGCGCAGGGUCUGCACUAUGCAGAGCAGGUGACAGGCGCAGGGUCUGCACUAUGCAGAGCAGGGGUGACAGGCGCAGGGUCUGCACUGCAGAGCAGGGGUGACAGGCGCAGGGUCUGCACUCAUGCAGCAGGGGAGACAGGCGCAGGGUCUGCACUAUGCAGAGCAGGGGAGACAGGCGCAGGGUCUGCACUAUGCAGAGCAGGGGUGACAGGCGCAGGGUCUGCACUAUGCAGAGCAGGGGUGACAGGCGCAGGGUCUGCACUAUGCAGAGCAGGGGUGACAGGCGCAGGGUCUGCACUAUGCAGAGCAGGGGUGACAGGCGCAGGGUCUGCACUAUGCAGAGCAGGGGAGACAGGCGCAGGGUCUGCACUAUGCAGAGCAGGGGAGACAGGCGCAGGGUCUGCACUAUGCAGAGCAGGGGAGACAGGCACAGGGUCUGCACUAUGCAGAGCAGGGGAGACAGGCACAGGGUCUGCACUAUGCAGAGCAGGGGUGACAGGCACAGGGUCUGCACUAUGCAGAGCAGGGGAGACAGGCACAGAGUCUGCACAAUGCAGAGCAAGGGAGUUAAAUGCUGAGCCAGAUCUGUGCAGAGCUAGGGAGACCGAUACAGAACCAGUUGUGUUCCGAGCAAGGGGAAUUAAUGCAGAGCCACAUGUGUUCAGAGCAAGGAAGAUUAAUGCAGAGUCAGAUAUGCACACACCAAGGGAGACAGGAAUGAAGCCAUAUGUUUAUAGAUCAAGGCAGAUUAAUGCAGAUCCAGAUCAGCACACCGAAAGGGAGACAGGCAUGGAGCCAGAUAUGUACAGAGAAAGGGAGGGAGGUAUGGAACCAGAUGUGUACAGAGCAAGGGGGGCAGAUGCUGGACCAGAUGUGUGCAGGACACAGGAGAUGAGUAUGCUACCAGAUGUGUGUAGAACACGGGAGAUGGGCACAGAGCUAAAUGUGUGCAGAGUAAGGGAUACAGGAACCGAGCGAAAUGUGUGCAAUGCAAGAGAUACGUACAUGGAGCAAGAUGUAUAUAGUGCAGUGCAAAUGGGUAUGGAGCCAGAUGUGUGCAGAGCAAGAAAGGUUGUCAAAGAGCAAAAGGUGCGCAGAGCAAGAGAUGCAAGCACAAAACUAGUUGUGUGCAGAGCGAGGGAGAGUGAUACAGAGUUUGAUGUGGUCAGAGCAAGGGAGAGUGUCACAGACCCAGUUGCCUUCAUAAAAUCAGUUGAUUGUGUAAGAAGGCAGCCAGCCAUAGAGGUAGUUAUGUGUAGAGCAAGUGAGAUGGUUUCAGUGACUGCAGAUUGCAGAAACACAGAGACUGGCACAGAAGAAGUAGAAUGUGUAACAAGGGAGACAGGCACAGGGGCAGUUGAUUUUAGCAAUAGAGGGAUAUGCACAGAUUUGACUAGUUGUAGAACAAGUGAAAGGACUGUCACACAAAUAGUAGAUUAUAGUAAAAGUGAGACUGGCGCAGAGGGAGUGGAUUGCAAUAAAAGGGAGACUAGUACAGUGGUAUUAGAUUGCAGUAAAAGAGAGAUUGGCACAGAGACAGUGGUUUGCAGUAAAGUGGAUAUUGACACAGAAGCAGUGAAUUGCAAUAAAGGUGAGACUGACACAGAAGCAGUGAAUUGCAAUAAAGGUGAGACUGGCACAGAAGCAGUGAAUUGCAAUAAAGGUGAGACUGGCACAGAAGCAGUGGUUUGCAAUAAAGGUGAGACUGACACAGAAGCAGUGAAUUGCAAUAAAGGUGAAACUGGCACAGAAGCAGUGGAUUGCAAUAAAGGUGAGACUGACACAGAAGCAGUGAAUUGCAAUAAAGGUGAGAUUGGCACAGAAGCAGUGAAUUGCAAUAAAGGUGAGACUGGCACAGAAGCAGUGAAUUGCAAUAAAGGAGAGACUGACACAGAAGCAGUGAAUUGCAAUAAAGGGGAGACUGACAAGGAAGCAGUGAAUUGCAAUACAUGCAGUGCUGGCACUGAAGCUGUAGAAUGCGGUAAAAGGGAGGAUGUCACAGAACCAGGUGAUUGCGGAACAAGAAUGGCACACACAGAAGUUGUUUGUUGUAGAACAAGGGAUACAUGUACAGGGCCUGCUGGUAGCAGAGCAAAGAAGUCAGAGCCUUGUGGAAUGAGUGCUGACCAAAAAAUACAUAAGUGUGGAAGCCCUGCAGUAAACUUAGAUUGUGUUGAGCUGACAGCUGGCCAGUAUUUCGAGUCUUCUCUGGGAGCCUGCUAUCUGGAAAGCCAUAUAGAGAAAGAUAUGGAGGAUUGCUCCGACGUGAAAUCAGAAGAGUUUGUUAUGAUGUGUGAUUUUGUUGCUACAGAUGAAAAUCAGGUAUGCUGCUGGGAAUUUUUGACUGUGUACUUUGUAGUACAUAUAUCUCAAUUGACAACUGACAACAUAGCAUAAAUUCCAGCCCCAAGUAAUUAGUUUUGUUCUACUAAAUGCAUUGCAAUAAAAAAAAACAAAAAAAAAAAACUGUUGUGAUUUAUUACAAGAAAUUAAAGAGUGCAUCUAUUACAGCAUCUUGGUGUAUUGUUCUUCUAACUUUUUAACCGAUAGGAACCGUCUGGGCACCAUAAAAACAUAAAUGAAGUUAUGGUGCCCGAAAGUUCUGGACACUGCCCUACCUUAAGAAAUUGAACAUACUGUUUAACCACAAAGCUGUAUAGAUGCCACUCAUCUGAUCUGCCUCUCUUUUUCUGAUCAAGGCCUCGAUUCCCUAAGCUUUUCAAUAGAUACUGUAGGAAAAAGCUUUCGAAACGCUAUCUACAAAAAUUCCCACAGACUUUAAUGGUGACUUUUGUAGAUACAUAUUUUGGAACUUUUUCCAACCAUAUUUAAUCAUUUGGAAAGCUUAAUAAAUAGAGGCUCAAGUUAUUGGCUUUAAUGAAGAUGCCAUAGAUUGGGCGCUGAUGACAGGCUCAGAGCACCAACUGAUGCUCUCAGCAUAUCAGUAGGAAGCCUGUAACAGGCUGAGAGCAAUAGCUCAUGUACCAAGUCAGAGGCUUCCUCAUUGAAGCCAAAGACUUGGCUGGAAGAAGAGGAACAGAGCGAAUGGAUGUAAAUGGUUUAAUCACUGAAUGUAAGAGAGUGCCCAGGAAAUCCUGGCAUGUAACAGCUUCAUUGAGAUAAAGUUCUUUAGAUGCCCUGAGUGUUCCUUUAUAUGAUUACUCCGAGAUCACAACCACUUCUGACCGCUGUAGUGGUUAUGAUGCCAGGGGUACAAUGCCACCAUUGUUUGGUAAAGGGGAGGGGGGCAAACUGCUUCUUACAUGUGUCCUGGUGGGGUGCCAGUAUGAUCUUCUGCAGUGCUGUACAAGCCAGAUACUGAUUCUAUCUGGCAUUCAUUGGCUGACAGCAUUACAUGCAAGGAAUACUCACAGAAUUGACAUUAGCCAGUACCUUUCAUUGCCUGAUGCUCAGGGCAAGCUACACCUCAGGCAGCAAAAAUAUAUUUCUCAGUAUGUGCAACAUUUAAUACUGAAACACUCCAAACACAGGGUCCUUGCACCAUGACUGCUUCAAAACACUGAAGUGAUGGUGGCACUUGAGGUAACCCUUUAAAGGGGAACUUUUACAUCCCAGGAUUUUUAACUUUGACUUGAAGGGUGUGAAAAAUAAAAAUUAAAUGUAGAACGCUCUUUUUUAUUUCAAUUUAUCUAGAUAUUCCUCACCAAGAAGAUAUCUAAUAAUACAACUCAUAAUGGCAAUAAAAGCAAUGCUGUCAAGAUUUUGACUGCAGCAAAAGGUCCCUAAAUGGUCUCUCAGAUCGUACUUCAACUUAAAUACCAAUAUAAUAUGGAAAAGGGUAUUUCCUCUCAGGCACAAGGAGGCUCAGCCAUGGAACAAAGAUGGACUCCCUGGUUAGGGACCUAGAUAUAGUUGAGCCUAAUACUUUCAAUUUUAUUUCAUGUAUCUAUUGGCAAAUUUCUUUUAAGGGGAAAGAAAGAAAGAAAGAGCAAGCCAAGGGAAAGGGAGAGAAAAGGAAAGGAAAGGGGAAAGAAGGGAAAAAGAUUCCCAUAAGUACAACAUCAACGCUCUGUAAGGCUACUGGUUGUCCACACUAAAUGUAUCUGUAUAUUGUCUCUGUCCAUCUAUGAAAUGCUAGAUAGCAUAAUAAUUUAUGCAUAUAUAAUGUACAGUUUUAUGUUCUGCUCAAUUACUUACUAUGUAAAAGAAAAAAAAAUGAAAAGAACAAUCUUUUCAAAUAAAGAAUAUAAUUAUCAAACAGCAAAAAACAAAGACCCUAUUGGGAGUCAAAACGUUGUAGUCUUCCACAUGUUCCAACAAAGGUGCCUGGACCCUUUCUAAUACUGGUUUAAUCUUCUGGGUUUCUGCUGGCCCUAGGUUCAGCCAAGCACCUUGUCUUAAGUGAAUUGAGUGCAGUUCCUAUUUUUGCAAUUUAUGUACCUUGUUACAUCCUUAUUUCUUUAUUUUCCCUUAAAGCUCAGUCUUUCUUCUGGGGACAAAGUGCGCCUUAUUACCGUAGCCACACAGGAUUGGUGGUGGGUGGAGCACAAUGGUAGCUAUGGUUAUGUGCCUUCCAAUCAUUUAUGUGAAAGCGAUGAAUUGGAUGACCCAUGGCAAGAUGAUGAAUAUUACGGAAGUUAUGAGACUCUGGUAAGCCCACGUAGGGUAUUUGUAAAGUUUACUAACGGGGAAGGCUGAAAGAGUCAGAAAGAGGGUUAGGGGUAAAAAUAGAGAGUAGGGUAUAAAAGGGCAUGUUUUUCACUCCUGUGAAAGGUGGGUAUGGAAAUAGGAAGGUAAUGUGUGUAGUUGAAAUCACAAGAUUGCUGUCAUAAUUAAAGUGGACAAGGUGGAAGAUGGAAAGAGACGAGAAAGGUCAAGGAAGAGAGAAGAAUGUUUGAAAGAGAUCACAGAGUGGGGCUGAAAACAACAAGAUGUGGCCAUUGCUCUUGUCCAUUUCUGCACAGUAUUCCAGGACAAUGGAAUGACUAAACAAAUAUGAUAUUGGUCUUUGUAUGUUUUGCAAAGACCCUCAAGGUGACAUAUCUGCUUGUAUGGUGGCACUGGUGUGUGGCGAGUAGUAGUUAAGGAGUUGUACUUACCAGAUCCUCUCCCUCAUCUUUAUUUUUUUUUAAAGUUACCCCUUAAUGUCAAGGGCACUGGGAAGCAUAUAAUAAACGUGAUUACACUAUUGAAAAACUAAAUUCAAUAAGAAGCAUUGAUAUGGUUAAUCUUUAAACCCGGGACUGUUAGAAAUUAAACCAGUAACAGGUAAGAGCAAAUUGUAGGUAGGGUUGGAUUUUUUUUCAUUUUCACCUAAAUUUUGCAAAUCACUGGUUUAGUGAGGGACCUUGUAAGUCAUUGUAAGGACCUUGUGUCUCAAUAGAAAAAAAAUAAAAAGCCUUACUUCUUACUCGUAGAAGCUGCACUUGGAAAUGCUGUCCGAUCUACCACGUACAAAAACCUACCAGGAAGUUGUCAGGAGUAACAGUGCUGCAUUGCAGGGCAAGUGUAUCCUUGACCUGGGUUGUGGAACCGGGAUAAUAAGUUUUUUUUGUGCAAAGCUGGCACAGCCAGAAGCAGUAAGUAUUAUUCCAUUUUACGUAGCAUGGUAAAUUAUUUUUAAGUCUGUAGACAUGUUGAUCUAAAUGGUUUUACUAGUAUCUGAUUUAUGGCUUGCAUGUGACUGACCAGCGAUUUGUUCUCCCAGGUAUUUGCAGUGGAAGCAAGUGAGAUUGCUCAGCAAACACGUAGACUGGUGGAGAAAAAUGGAUUCUCUAGGGUCGUGCAUGUUAUAGAACAGCGAGUAGAAGAAGUGGAACUGCCCACCAAAGUGGAUGUCCUUGUAUCAGAAUGGAUGGGGACAUGUUUGCUUGUAUGAUUCUAGUUGUUGAUGUAUUUUAAACCUCCUUAUAGACAUAUCAACACUAAUUGUCUUUAUGGCUUACCAACCUUGUCUACCCUUUCAAUUGCUAGUAUAAAAUGUACUUAUUUCCUUGUGCAGACUCAUAAUAAUAUUACCUGUGUUUCUGCAGUUUGAGUUCAUGUUAGAGUCGGUUCUCAUGGCACGUGAUAUCUGGCUGAAAGAGGAUGGGAUAAUGUGGCCUAGCACAGCGUCCAUUCACUUGGUGCCGUGUAGUGCAGCCAAAGAAUAUGACAGCAAAAUAACGUUCUGGGACUCUGUGUUCCAGCUGGAUUUCAGCCCAUUGAAGUAAGUUGAAUAGAUAUUAAAUCUUUAUUAGAGGGCAAGGAAAAACAAAAUACACCUGUAUUGUCUUUACAUUUUGAUCCUUGCAACUGCAAUUAUAACAAAGAACGAACCCUAAACAGGAGCAGUGGCUUGCAUUUUUAAGAAAAGUAGAAAAUGAAGAUUGAAUUUUAUUAAAAGAACCACUAUAGGAACCCUGACCACUUCUUGUCAAUAAAGUGGUCUGGGUGCAGUGGCCUUGUCAUUUUUGUCCUGCAAAGGAAAACAUUGCCAUUUUGUAGAUCUGGUAAUGUUUCCAUUGCAGGAUUACAAACCUUGAAAAGACAGCCACUAGAGGGUGCUUCUGUUCCUACGAUCUAGUCAUACUCGGUUCUGUGAUGUUCACGGUGAUCACUAUAUACAGGAGGAUGUGGAAUGCUUAUCAUAGGAAAACAGAUUCAAUGCUUUGCUGGGAGAAUCAUUUGUCCGGAGGAGUACAGCUCUUGCCAUGCAAGUGGUUCUCAUCCCUAAUGCUUCUUUAUGAAAAGCAUUGGAAUGGAUGAGAGGACAAAGAGGAGACAGUUGUAGUGGUUAUGGUGCCAGUAGUGCCCUCCUGAAGUAAGUAGUUAAACUGUACCUAGAGUGAGCUGAUGCCUCUCCUGCAACGAGUUUCUGUUAGCUCCAUUUAGCGAAGUCCUGCCAUACAGGGACAGCUCAUUGUCUGAGUGGUUCCACUGAGCACUCUCAGCCAAUGAGCAUGGCCAUGCACUGUCAGGCUUAGCUCUGUGACAGAGACUCCGUUUAAGAACGGUUUGACUACUUACCUGGGAUCCUCUGCAGCUAGACUAUCUUUCACUGAGCUAAGCCUAGCGGUGCAGGGUCAAGCUCAUUGGCUGCUAGCCUGAUGCACUCAAUAAUUGAGUUGGCUCUGUACAGCAGUGCUUUGCUCAGUGGAGCUACUAGAAGUGCCUAAAAGGAGCUUCCAGUAGCAGGGUAGGCUACGAUGGAAACUGGGCAGAUACUAGGUAAGUUGUCAAACCAUUGUUUUUUUAGUUUGACUAUUUACUCUAGAAAGGUGCAAGGGCAUUCCUGUCACUAUAACCUAUACAACGGACUGUAAUGGUUAUUGUACUUGGAGUGUUCCCUUAAACAGAGUUGGGGGGUAAUUUCUAUCUUGGUAGGUCAGUUUAAUACUCACAUCCUGUACAAUAUGUUGCAGAUCACUUGCAGUGAAAGAAUUUCUUUGCAAGCCAAAACCAGAUUACGUGCUGCAGCCAGAGGAGUGUUUGUCUGAACCCUAUAGGUUAUUUAAUAUAGAUAUGAAGACAGUACAGAUUUCAGAUCUAGAGGUGAGAAAUUCUCCACAUUAUAAACUUUUUAUUUUUUUAUUCCAUGAAAUCAGCACAUUGUGUCUUUUUUUAGAGGAUGAGCAACAACUUCAUAUUCUACAUAGCAAAGGAUGGCAAUAUUCAUGGAUUCACUUUUUGGUUCAGUGUCCAAUUCCACAAUAUUGAAGACAAGGGAUUGGUUGAAUUGGAUACUGGACCUUUCAACCCGUAAGUAUAAAAGGUACACAAUAACGUAUUCAACACAUAUGCUCCCAUAGUUUUUCACAUCACCUUGAGGGAACACAGUUAUUUAUUCAAAGAUAACUCCAAAAGGAGUAGCCCUAGCCCUUAAACAAGCGGUGGCAUGAAUGUUUGGCGAAGUUUGUUACAUCAAAUUCAUACACUUUCAUUUGGCUCAAUUUGGGUGAUACAUUCCUCUAAAGGUUCUUCAUCAUUACGGAGUAUCUCAGUCAAUACUAUCCUAUGCUUACAGAAGCAUUGGGGGCCUACUGCACAUGUGCGACAAGCGCUGCUCUGUGCCCAUCAGAAUCUACUCUUAGAGAUGCAACAUACCAAUGCAUCUCAAUGGGGAGUGUAUAGUGUCUUCAAUGCACAGCGUGUGGACACAAGAUGUCUGUCCUACAAAUAUUGCAGGACCAUACUAGGAAGCACAUCUAGCGGUGUUUUUGUUUUCCAUUUCAGGAUCAGAGGAUGAAUGAAGAGGCUCUUUUCACCAAAACCACUACAUUAAGCUGUAGUAGUUCUGGUGCUUAGAAUGUCCCUUUCAAUUCAGAUCUUAAUGAGUAGCCAAAUUUGCUGUUGUAUAGAGAGAAUUAAGACUUAACAGCUUAGGGACCGGAAUACAAAUACAGCUCAAAUAACCAAAUAUGUCUUUUGUGACAAACAAAUUUCUAAUUGGAAAGUUUUGGAUGAAACCGCUGAAUCACUACCAUAUGGCAACUGAAACAAUAUUCAGCUGCUGUUUGGAGUUUAGUGAAUAGACCCCCCCACUGUACAAUACUCCUGAGCCCCCAUAGUACACCUUACUAUAGAUAUCUGUAACCAAUGGGCUCUGCCAGAGUUGCAUGUGCUGCAUUACGAGUGCAGUAGUACAAAACUAGGAAAUAACAAGCCUUUCCUUAUAUGUCACCGGACAUCCACAUCACAAGGGCUUCCUGUGUCAGCAUUACUCUGUGCUUAUUGCAACAAAGGUGGCAUUUAUGCCCCAGCUUCCUUUUGUUUUUCUAUAUUACUAACAGGGCUGAUUUUUAUUUCAAGUUCGAUGCUGAUAGCCAGACCUGAAAAAAUGCUCACCACUGCAAGUCUGAAGAGUCCAUGGGAUAUUCACCAGUGGUACAUUUGUAUUCGCCAGGUCUAAAUUUUUACUAGCCAAUGGCUUGUGGAAAUUGUAUGCCCUGGUUACAGUCACAUUCUGUAAUGAAGAGUGUGUGAAUGGCGGAACAAAAAAAACAAAACACAAAGGGAAGGGGGAGAACGGUGCUGCUACUCCUGCAUAAGAAAAUACCUCUAAUAAUAAACUCUAGACAUACACACUAUGGGUACCCUCUUAUAAGAAAUCUCAGCAUCAGCUGCACAUUGCACAUAAAAGCAUCAUAUACACAUGCUGAUGAAUAUAGACCAACCAAUAUAGCUCUAUUAAUAAAAGCAUCAUAUACACAUACUGAUGAAUAUAGACCAACCAAUAUAGCUCUAUUAAUAAAAGCAUCAUAUACACAUACUGAUGAAUAUAGACCAACCAAUAUAGCUCUAUUAAUAAAAGCCUCAUAUACACAUACUGAUGAAUAUAGACCAACCAAUAUAGCUCUAUUAAUAAAAGCAUCAUAUACACAUACUGAUUAAUAUAGACCAACUAAUAUAGCUCUAUUAUUAAUAAAAGCAUCAUAUACACAUACUGAUUAAUAUAGACCAACCAAUAUAGCUUUCAUGUGCAAUUGAUGCUGAGAAUUCUAAUAAGAGCCUACACAUAGUAAUGUGGUAGUGCAGUCCAUAGUGUUUGUGUUUUAGAUAUAAUGUUAUGAAAAUUAGACAACAUGACAGCAUAUAGCAAUAUACAGGGUAGAGUGUGACUGCUGGCAGCAACCAUGCUCACUAAAUGCAAAUACGCAUAUUCCUUACUCAGGCUUACACACUGGAAGCACACGCUUUUCAUGCUAGAUGAACCACUGCAUGUAAAGAGAGGAGACAGGAUCAGCGGCACUGCAGUGUUUCACAGAAAUCCCAUAUGGAGACGUCACAUGUCUGUCACUCUAAGCUGGAAAAUCACCAAUGAAGAACUAGAUGCAGCACACAUAGUAAGUAUACAUUGUAGCCUUACUCCCGAUAUAGCAAGUAUUGAAAGGGUGGUCAGUCUAACUCUGGCAUUACUUUUACAAACAAUUUCAAUAACAUUUUUAUCUUGUUGGCAGGUUGGAAGCAAGGAAUUCCCAAUGUGGAGAUGACAUUAGUUCCUGCAGCAACUAUGCUACAUUGCUGUUUCCUAUAAGAAAGAGGAGAUUAAAUAAAUAUACUGCUCUGAACACAAAGGCCAGUAGGACUGGGCUGAAUCUCAGCUAUAUCUAUACACAGAUCUUUACCUCAAUAUGCUAAUGGUUACUAUAAACCACUGGGCACAACCUGUUUUGUUUUGUCUGUAUUCUGCACUGUUAAUCUUGGGAUAUAGGUUUACCCAAGUUACAGAGUUUGCUGCCCCCCGAUUUAGCACUGUAUCUUAAUUGUUGUGUCCUUUACUUUAAACAAGACCUGUUUAUUAUCACUGGAAUUGAACAUCUAACUUAUUCAAACUUGGACGCACAGAAUCUAAUGAAUGAUAUACCACAACACAAGCAGUUUUUAAAAUGUUUAAUGUGCUUUUUGUCCAUUUCUGUAAUAUCACAUGUAACAUUGUCAGGCUCCAGAGUGCUUGAUGCAUUGUCUCUGUUUUUUCUUUUUUGUUUUCUAUAAAAACUACAGUGGUAAAAUUGAAGUGGUCCUUUCUCUGUUUAGAACCAAAUGAGAAUGUCCUUUAGCUUGAUGCAUUAAAUAAAUUACAUGGCCUCUGUACAUAAUUACAUUCAGUUCACUGAGGAGAAGUGAAGCAGCAGCUCCCUCAGGGCUGGUGAACAUUCUCACUUUGGAAAAAAAAGUCCAACUUGACUUGGAGGAAGGUCGUCCACCCUCCCCCGUUGUAUAUAAAAAGACUAUGUGCUCAGCUUCAGGAGGACCAGAGAUUCACAUUAUUGCAUGAAUUUGGGCUCUGUAAGGCGACAACACAGGAGGCAGAACAUAUCAUAAUGCACAGAAAGAGCAGCAGUUGGAAUGGGGUGUGAGGAAUGCUACAUCCAGUGUCACAAGAAGAGGUAAGACUUCACUAGUUACAUUCUGAUCUAGGAGACUUAUGGCAACGAUACAAGACAAUCCUCCCUGGACCUGUGAUGUCAAGCAUUUAUGCUCUAUGGUUAAUGGGAGGAAGAUUUUUCACCUGCCAGACAGUGCCUGGAAAGGAAGACAGCAGCAUUACAGCACCUCUAGGAAUGGAAGUAGUGUCAUCCCCCAGCUAUGUUUCACUCCCACAUCACCCAGUUAAUAAGGGGUUAAGGCAUGAAGCAAAUGCUUGCAGUUCACAUGUUGUAUGCCACGUAAAUAGGAUCCAGCUGGUCGGCCAGGAAACCAUCUCUCAAAUGCAUACGCUGCUUCUCUCCACGUGAGUUGAUUGGAAUGACACCUGGAUCAACGAUUACCACAACUCCCACAAUCAGGUAAUGCUCUUCCAACACUACGUUAGUCACCAGUGCCACCAAGUCCAAUGCCUCUUGUUCAGGACCAUCGAGCUCCAGAACCACCACCAGCAGGUUUGUCCAUGUGAAAACCGCAC